AUGACAGAUAAAAUAUGCCACAAAUUGAUCAAUGAAAAUAUUAAAACGUUAUGUCACAUGAGUUUAAGAAAUGAAGAUAACUAUGAAAAGAAAAAUAGAAGCUUUAAUAAUAACAUGAACAUGACUUGUUCUUCUAAAUGUGAAGAAUUAUGUAAUAACAUAAAUGACAGACUGCAUAAAAUCAAAGAUAUAGUACACCUCAGAUCGGCAAAGCCAAAUGCAGUUUUAAUUGAAACUUUGAUCUAUAUUAAAGAAUUUAUAAAAGAAAUAGAAAAAUAUAUAGAAGUUUUUAAUAAUGUUAUAUAUGAAGAGAACAGAGCAUAUGCAUAUGUUGAGGAUAUUUUCCACUCUUUGGAUAAACAAAAUCAGAAUAUUCAAAAAAUUUAUCAUAUAUGCAGUCAAAAUAUUGUAAUUACAAAAAAUAAUAGUGAACUGGUUUUACAAAAACCGCAAAGCUAUUCUUCUCUCUCAGCUAAAUUUAUUAAAAAUUUGUUAAAUGUAUGUGAGGGAAACGAAAAUGAAAAUAAAAACAAAAAUGACAGUAAUAAUGAGAGUCAAAAUGAAAGCCAAUUGGAGCAUCAAAUCGAAGGCCAGAAUGAACUACUUAAUGAAAGCCAAAAUGAAAAUAAAAACAUAAGCAUAGAUGAAUGUUCCAAUGAAAACUACAUAAAUUAA